AUGUCAUCAAGCACCGAGGGAGAGAGAGGGCGAGAAAUAGAGUCAGCUGCAGUCAGAGUGGUCAACUGUUUCUCAUCUUUAGGUUUCGCUGUCAUCUCUGUGAGCAUUGGUAGCAUGACGGAGUCUCAGAGAACCCUGAACAGUCCAGAUGUGGAAAUGAAGAGUCUGCAGCUGGACGACCGCCCAGAGUCAGAGUCUGCGGACAGUGGGAUCGGGGAUGUGGACGAGCUGCCGGUUCCUCAACACAUCCUGAUCAGCAACAUCACAUGUGAUUCCUUCAAGAUCAGUUGGGACAUGGACAGCAGAGGCCAGGAUCGGAUCACACAUUACUUUAUCGACCUGAACAAGAAGGAAGACAAGAGCUCCAACAAGUUCAAACACAUGGAUGUACCGACCAAGCUGGUGGCCAGGGUGGUUCCUCUGCCAAUGACCGUCAGAGGUCACUGGUUCCUGAGUCCUCGAACUGAAUACACCGUGGCCGUUCAGACAGCCACCAAACAGCAUGAUGGAGAAUAUGUUGUUUCUGCUUGGAGCGAGAUCGUUGAGUUCUGCACAGCAGAUUACUCCACCAUCCAGCUAAGGCAACUACUGCAGAAAGCUGAAGCUAUCGCUGGCAGGAUGUUACCGUUCACAGUGUUCUACAGAAACCAGCAGAAGGAGUACUUCCAACCAAACAGCCAGGAUUACCGUUCCAGAGAUGCUCAGUGCUGCCGUAUGCUGCCAUCAGUAAAGGACAACAGCGGCAGCCAUGGGUCACCCAUCAGUGGUAAACUGGAGGGUAUCUUCUUCAGCUGCAACACAGAGUUUAACACUGGACAACCUCCAAAAGACUCUCCAUAUGGGCCAUACCGCUUCCAGAUCCAAGCAGACCUCCUCUUCAAUCAGAACACCAACAUCUACUUUGGGGAUUUUUACUGCAUGUACACCUCGUACCACUAUGUCAUCGUGGUCCUGGCCCCCAACGGCUCCAAGGGAGACAUCUUUUGUAAAGGUAAGCUGCCAGCCUUGGAUAGAUUCAACAACAGCUUCCUGAGCUGCAUUGAGGAGGAGGAUGGCUCACUGUCCUUCCGUCAUGCCCAAGACGUCAUCCUGGAGGUGAUCUACACAGAGUCGGUGGAGCUAUCCCUGGGGAUGGUGUCACAAAUCAGCGGGCAUCAGCUAAUGAGCCUGUCUACCCUCAAUGCCAAGAAAGACCCCAGCUGCAAGAUCUGCAACAUCAGUGUGGGACGCUAACAGUUUCUUCAGGCAGGGUGGCCAGCUUAUCUGCAUGGUAGCAAACAAAGGAGCUACAAACUAACUUUAACACCACCGGUUGUGCCUGACUGAAAUAGUCCUCUCAGAAAUCUAACUCAUGGAUUGUUUUUGCCUCAGCUGAACAUGCCCUGCAGUGAGACAGCGGCCUCAUGUGGUUGCAUAUAGAUAAAGACAGGUCUAGAUGGAUAAAUAAAACAUAGAAACCACUGCUUAUUUCCUCAGUUUUUUUUUUCUGGUUUCAUUGUACCCAUGGAAAGAGAUGGCCUCCAACUUUAAUAAAAUGUGCAUCUAAACCCUCUGGCCCCUGUUAUGGUCCCCGUACUAAAGACAUAACAUGAAAUACACUUCUCACGCUUAUAUGCAAUGGUAAAGAAACCUUAACUGAUUGGUCACUUUGACCAAAUGUAUUUUUUUACCUAUACAGUUUAACUCUAAGAAGGACUUAAAAAUUAAGGUGUUUCAUGUUUACCUUCAGCUGGGAUCACAGUUUUCACCUGCUAGAUCAGGGGUCUGAAACCUGCAGUUCCAGAACCACAAG